AUUUAUUAAUUUGAAUAGUGUUAGAAACUGGCAAAAAUUUGAUUUAUUUUAAGCAUUUUAAGUCAACGCUACUUAAAGAUUAUGCAAAAAUGCGCGAAAUAUGAAAAAUUAUGACAAGUGUAACUAUUAAAACUAUGGUUGCAACUGGACCAAUAUUAUUAGAAGAAUGCACAAGACAAGAAAUCCCAUCAAGUCUUGACAAAUUGAUAGCACAUUUAUAUGAAACUACAGCUCCACACAAAGAAGUGACGAAAUUGGAAUUAAUCGGAUCAUUAGUGUAUAUAUUAAUGCUAGAAAUGGGCUAUACACCAACAAUGAAACCGGCAUAUUCACAUAUAAAUAUUGAUGAACAAUUUGUUGGCGAUGUAUCAUUUAAUAAAAAACGUAUGCAAAUCUUUUGUCAGUAUCCCCGAAAUUGGCAAGUACUAAAUACAAAUUGUAUCGAAAUGCAUUAUUUUUUAAUACCUUGUCAGCAAACAUUUGAUAUAAUCGUAUCAAUGACGACAUUCGGUACCGGAAUUACGUUAAAUUUAAUUAUUAUGAAUAACGUAACACAAGAACUAGAACAUUUAUUUCCAUAUUUCAUACCAACAGUUAAAUAUAUUUUGAACGCAAAUGCACCAGUUGAAAAAAAAUUUAAUAACUUACGUGAAUUAUCAACAGAUUUUAAAAAUAAAGUUGCAUAUCCAGCGAAAUGUACAAUUUUGAAUACGGAUUACAAGAAACACGCAUGUUUACAAUAUUUACCGUACGAACUGUUGGUAAGAAUUGCAACGUAUUUAUCGUUACAAAGUUUUGGAAGUUUUAUACAAACAUGUAAACAUUUAAAUCAAGUUAGUGAUGAACAAUUUAUGUGGAAAAUGUUAUGUAGAAAGACGGCGAAUAAAUAUAAUAUUAGAAGUAUUUAUAAGAAUGCGAUUAAAAAAGAAAAAAAUGGUGAUAAAGUUGAUUGGAGGGUGGUUUGUAAGGAGAGUUCGGAAUUUAGACCACGUACAUCGUACUUUACUUGAAUCAAGCAAUCUUUUGGAUUAUUUAACUUUUAUUUGUUUACAUAUUUAUUAUUAAUACAGAUAUUC